GCCCCGACGCGACGCCAGCCAGCCGAGGGUACUUUACCCCUCGACUCCCAGCUGCGCGUCCGACAUUUCUCCCCAGCACCCCCCGCGCGUACAACACCAACAUCACUCUCCAACGACUCUGAACGACCGCCACGCCCCAGCUCCGCUCCCUUUCUUGACGAUCGCCUUGGCCUGUCACGUCGCGGACCUGGAUACAGAGGUUCCACUGCUGCGUCGGGCGAAGAGGUGCUGAACAGCUCGGCAAACACAGAUCGUAAUCGACCAUGACGUCCCCCGAUGCCGCACCAUCUUCUUCCAGAUCGGCCGACGACUCGUGGCAGCUCUUCGCUGCCUUCGCCGCCGUCUUCCUCGUCGCGUAUCUCGUCCGCAGGCGGUCCAAUCCCUUGCACUCCAUACCGACCAUCGGCCCCUCUGCUCCGAUCCUUUCUUGGCUUGGAGCCUUUCGCUAUGUCUACGACACCGAGGGCAUGCUGCGCGAAGGAUACAAGAAGUUUGACGGGACGAUCUUCAAAAUAUCCAUGCUCGACGGCUGGCUCCUCGUCUUCACCGGCCCCAAGCUCAUCGACGAGCUCCGCCGCAGCCCAGACGACGAGCUCUCCUCCAUGGAGGGCUCCACCCAGGUGCUGCAACUGCGCCACACGCUCGGCCCCGGGAUCGACGACCAGUUCCACGUCGCCGUCGUCCGCGACAAGCUCACUCGGAACCUCGCCGCCGUGUUCCCCGACGUUCUGGACGAGGUCCAGGCCGCGUUUCGGGAGUACGUCCCGGCCGAAGAGGACCAAUGGACCGCGGUGACGGUGUGGCCGGUCGUGCAGAAGAUCAUCGCGCGGGCGAGCAAUCGCGUCAUCGUCGGUCUGCCGAGAUGUCGGGAUACCGAGUACCUCGACGUCGCGAUCAAAUUCACGAACGACGUCUUCGUGUCGUCCUUCGUCAUCAACCUCUUCCCCGACUUUCUCAAACCACUGAUCGCAAAAGCCGUGCCGAUGGUGGCCAAGAACAAGCAGAUCCUCACGCCGAUGGUCGUCCCGAUGCUGCAGGAGCGGCAGCGCCUGAUGGACGAGCACGGCGAGAGCUGGGACGACAAGCCGCGCGACAUGCUCCAGUGGCUGCUCGAGGAGGCGCGCGCGAAGGGGACCGCGUUCGACAACGUCGUCGAGAAGGUGCUCCUCGUCAACUUUGGCGCGAUCCACACGUCCAGCGGGGCGUUCACGCAUGCGCUGUAUAACCUCGCGGCGUAUACACAGUACAUGGAGCCGCUGAGGGAGGAGGUGGAGAGUAUCGUCGCCGAGGAGGGGUGGAGCAAGGCGUCGAUCGGGAAGAUGCGCAAGCUCGACAGCUUCCUCAAGGAGUCGAUGCGACUCGCCGACGGCUCUCUCCUGAACAUCUUCCGCAAGGCGAUGAAGGACGUCACGCUCUCGGACGGCACGCGCAUCCCCAAGGGCACGCUCGUCGCCGCGGCCGCGAUCACCGCGCACUCGGACGACACGCGCUACCCGGACCCGGCCGUGUUCGACCCGUUCCGGUUCGCGCGCAUGCGCGAGGGCGGCGGGCUCGAAGAGGCGACGCGGCACCAGCUCGUGAACACCUCCGUGGACUUUAUCACGUUCGGCGGCGGGAAGCACGCGUGCCCGGGACGGUUCUUCGCGGCUAACGAGCUCAAGACGAUGAUGGCGCACCUCGUGCUCAACUACGACGUCAAGUUCGCGGAGGAGGGCAAGCGACCCACGAACGUCCGCUUCGGGCCCGCGGACCUGCCGUCGCACAACGCGCAGGUGCUCUUCCGGAAACGACGGCGCGGGGCGAGCCCUGUUGUAUAGGGGUGUUUUGUCGACGUUCACGACGAUCACGCUUUACGUGCAUGACGAUCGAGCGGGGACGGCGGUGAUGAUUAGGUUGGCCGGACUUGGUGGGUUCACGGAGGGCCUCUUGUACCAUAUACACGCAUUCCUCGAUUCACGGAAGGGUUGUUCAUACAUUUGAACCCGUGCCUCGCGUUGGUUGCGCCGAUACCCCCAAUGUCUACCUGGGUCGCUGCAGGAAGAUGCGCUUGACAAACGGCCACUGUCGCAACGUACAUUCACUCGAGGCUCUGCUGGCCAGUGUGCGUUGCUCUUUUAUGUCUUUAGCUGUUCGUUGAAGGUGCACAGGAAAUUGAUUCUGAGACACGAGUCGUCACAUAUUC